UCCGGGAUCUGCCCAGCUCUGCAGGCUCUGCUGUGGCCGUUGCCUGGCUCUGGGCUCCCGCCGCUGCAAGGCGGAUAAGACCCGGUCCUGGCGCCGCCCGCGCAGCCCUGGUCGCGGCUGGCCGACGCUUCAGCGCGGCAGGGGGCGGGGCCGGCUGCCGGGGAGGCCUGGGUGGCUGGGGAACCUCCCGGUCCGGCCGGGUGACACCGGCUGGGGCUCCGUCAGUGGCGACAGGGGCUGGGCUGCCGCGUGACCGGCCGAAGUCACGCUGUGCUUAAUCACAAUUAACCUGUGCUCCAGGCUGGCGGCGCUCACAUUUCUCCCAGCCGGUGGCCCUGGGGGUUUCUUUCAUGGUGGCUUUCUCUGAAAUGCCAAAGCCACCCGAUUAUUCAGAACUGAGUGACUCUUUAACGCUUGCCGUGGGAACAGGAAGAGUUUCGGGACCAUUGCACAGAGCAUGGAGAAUGAUGAACUUCCGUCAGCGGAUGGGAUGGAUUGGAGUGGGCUUGUAUCUGUUAGCAAGUGCAGCAGCAUUUUACUAUGUUUUUGAAAUCAAUGAGACUUACAACAGGCUGGCCUUGGAACAUAUUCAGCAGCACCCAGAGGAGCCCCUUGAAGGAACCACAUGGACACACUCCUUGAAAACUCGUUUACUCUCCCUGCCUUUUUGGUUUUGGACAGUUAUUUUUCUGAUACCUUACUUACAGAUGUUUUUGUUCCUCUAUUCUUGUACAAGAGCUGACCCCAAAACGGUGGGCUACUGUAUUAUCCCCAUAUGCUUGGCAGUUAUUUGCAAUCGCCACCAGGCAUUUGUCAAGGCUUCUAAUCAGAUCAGCAGACUACAACUGAUUGACACAUAAAAUCAGUCACCGUUUUUUCCUUACAAACCCAAAACUGCCAGCACUAUAUGGAGCCUGAUCACAAGACUGCAGCUUCUUCACAGAUCUCAGGAAAGUGUGGUGGGGCAGAGGCUUUCUAAAAAAUGUGACUAGGGGGCUUGUCUUUAUCUGAAUAAUAAUGAAUUUUUAGGUAAAGCCUGAGAUACAGUACUACAAAAUCAUGUUGAUGACUUCAGAUUUUGUAGUAAAAUCGUGUCUGUUAAUUUGCAUCCUUUAGAAACUUGAAUAAGUACCUGAACUCAUAUUUUUAUUCUACUGUGCAACAUUAGUGAUGAUUCAGAAAUUUUUCCUUUGGGGAAAAAAUGAAGAUGAAUAUUUUCAUUGUGUUUAAUGUAGAAGUCCAAACAUGGUCAUAAAAUUUAAAUUUUAUACAAUUA